AGAUCAUAGGUUGGAUUUCGUGCAUGAGAACAGUGGUGAUUGGGUAAAACUUUCCUGCAUGCGUUUCCAAACGUAAUAAUGGAGACGGACACUCUUGCUGAACCUGGUUCAACUGCAAGCCCAGCAAGGCCGAUCUCGAUCAACUGCAGUUUUCCUGACGAUUUGCCGUCGCAAAUGCCGCCUUUGACGCCGGGAACAAACACGAAGAUGAACGAGGCGUUGAAAGCUUCCUACGCUUCCUGGGACAAGGAACGCGAGCGGGUCAAAGUUCCUAGAGAUCCCAUGCAGUGGACUGACGCACAUGUCGCCCAGUGGCUGCUGUGGGCCACUCGAGAAUUUUCACUGGAAGGUCUCCAGCCGGAGCUUCUCUUCAUGCCGGGCAAGGACAUGUGUGCCCUGGGUCGAGAGAAGUUUCUUUCCCUAACACCUCCUUUCAUGGGUGACAUCCUUUGGGAGCAUCUCGACAUCCUCCAGAAAGAAUCGCUACGCCAGUCGAUCUUCUCGACGCUCUUCGUUGUGUGGGGAAUUACGCGUCGUCUUUCUCAGUACACCUAUGUACUGAAUGGUGUCACGUCCUUGUGGGGACACUUAUCGCGUUUCUCGACUGGCCACUGGUUGCUGAGAGUGCUGGGAGCUGAUAGGAAGACGCGAGCAAUCGCUGUCUGGAGCUGCGUAGGAGAAGAAACCCGAGUGUUUCUUUGCGCGGAGCAGCGUCAGGAUCCCACAAGUGUGCGGACAUGGACGUCGCGGACAGCGGACAAUAAAAAGGUUAAUUAG